AUGGCGGCGGCGGGAUGCGGCGGGCAAGCAGCGUACGCACCCACCCACCUCGAGCUCUCCCGUCCGGCCGUCCCUCUCCGCGCCGGCCACACCACGCCCCUUCCCAUGCCCCUCCGCCUCCUCCCGCCGCCUCGCCGCGCCGCCGCGCCACUCCUCACCCCGACCGUGCCCCACCUCGCGCGCCUCCUCCUCGCCCAGGCGCCGGACACCCCUCCGCUUCUCCUCGCGCUCCUCCCGGCCUGCCCGGCCCUCCUCACGCCGCUCCUCUCCCACCUCCUCCUCUCGCACUCGCCGCCGCUCCCGGCGCUCUCCCUGUACCGCCGCCUCCUCGCGCUCCGCCACUUCUCCGUGCCGGAGAGCUCCCUCCCGGUCCUUCUCCGCCUCCUCGCGCGCUCCCGCCGCCACGCCCACCUCUCGUUCCCGCUGCUAGAGUCCCUCCCGUCCACGCACCCGCACCUCCUCUCCACGCCCGCGCUCGCCGUCCUCCUCUCGACCGCGCUCUCCGCGUCCGCACCCGGCGCGUCCUUCGACGCCGCCGUCACCUGCUUCGACUCCGCCGCCCGCGUCUGGGCGCGCGCUGGCAGGGCCUUCGGCGCCGCCGAGCUCAAUGCGCUGCUCCGCGCCUUCUGCGCCCGCGGCCGCGUCGCCGAGGCCCGCGCGCUCUUCCACCGCUACUGCGACGCGUACCCGCCCGACACGCGCACGUUCAACACGCUGCUGCUCGGGUUCAAGGAGGCCGGACACGCCCACGCGCUGGACCUCUUCUACCAUGAUGCCGUGCUGCGGGGCUUCGUGCCGGACGCCGUGUCGUACUGCGUGAGGAUGGAUGCGUACUGCAAGAAAGGUAGGUUCCUGGACGCCCUCGAGCUGCUCGAGGAAAUGCGCAAGAAGGUGGACUGCAAGCCCACGCUGCAGGUGUUCACCACAUUGAUAUACGGAGCUGGGAUUGUGAGGAGCGCGGCGAGGGCACGCCUCCUGUUUGAUGAAAUGGAGAAGUGGGGAGUCACUCCUGAUCGCGGUGCUCAUAAUGCACUCAUGGGAGCUUAUGUGAGGGGUAGGGAUCUGCAGUCUGCGAUGACGGUGAUGGGUGACAUGGAGAGAAAGGGGAUCGGUCUGGAUGAUGUUAGUUACAACACGAUGCUUUGUGGGUUUCAGAGAGUUGGUGACUUGGAGGGGAUCUGGAAAGUGUACAGCAAGAUGGUUAGCUCAGGGUUUAUGCCGAGGACCAGGACGACGAUGCUGCUCAUGAAGGUCUUCUGCGAGAAUGGACGACCUGACCUUGGGCUGGAGCUGUGGGAUUAUCUGAUGGGAAAGGGAUGUGUACCUCACCGGCAUGCAUUGGACAUUCUGGUUACCGGUUUAUGCUGUAGAGGUGUGGUUUCUGAGGCAUACAGGUGUUUCAGGGAAAUAAUCGAGAUGGGGAUGGCACCAACGGAGCGAGCAUUUAGGGUUUUGGAAGGCUUUUUAAGGCGGACACGGGAAUUAGGGAAGGUUGAGGAGAUUAGGCAAAUGAUGAAGGCUGCCCAACUGGAGGGGCAUCAGAUUGAAGAAGAGGCUGCAUGA